AUGUCGUCAACACCAGCUUCUUCGUCUGCAGCAGCACCAACAUCAGGCGUUCAAUCAGCGACUAAUAAACCGAAACAAGAUUCAUCUAAAGAAGGUAAUAAUGCUACUACAAGCAUACAACAAUCAACUCGUCCACCAUCAGCAACUAAACAACCAGCAACAGCAACAACUACUGAAAAUCGACCUGGAUCAGCAGCAAAAAAUUCAUCACAAGAUACUGCUAAUAGGCCAUCAUCUGCUGUAAAAGUUGAUCCUGCUCUUACACCAGCUCUUGAUGCAACAAAUGCUGCUCCAACAACUGCAAGACCACCAUCAGCUAGCCAAAAACAGGAUGGAACAGCAACAAACACUACUACAACCGUUCCGCCAGGCUCAAGGCUACCAUCAGCUAAUAAAAAACCAGAAGAUGCAACUGCAAACACCGCUACAACUGUUCCACCAGGGUCAAGACCGCCAUCAGCGAGCAAAAAAUCAGAAGACACAACUGCAAACACUGCUACUACUGCUCCGCCAAGCUCAAGACCACCAUCAGCGAGCAAUGCUGCUCCUGCUCCACCAGGCUCCAGACCACCAUCGGCUAUUCGAAAACAAGAAGAAACAGCUGCAAACAUAAGCACUGCCGGACAACUCGAUGCAUCGGCUUCAAUUGAUCCUAAUAUAACAAAACCAAUUAUAGGACGACCACCGUCAGCAGCCAAAAAAGAAGCUAGCGAAGGACCUACUGCUACUGCUGUUCUCGCUGCUGCAGUUCCACUGAACAAGUUAUCAGGAGAUGCAUCAUCAUCUGACAAUACCAAUUCAGUUUCGGCUUCCGCUGCAGCACCUUCUGUUCCAUCACGUGCUAGCUCGGCAUCCAAAAAACCUUCAACAUAA